AGCAAAAUCCAGUCGUGAGCUCUGCCUAAGGAAAAGGGUCCUCGCUGCCGCACCUUUCCGCUUGGCCGGUCACGGCCCCUAAAUCGCUCAUCCGACCUAGGCUUGUGACCAAUUCUGCCCAGUAGGAUGAACUGGACUGCUGCCACGUGCUGGGCUCUGCUGCUGGCCGCCGCCUUCCUCUGUGACAGCUGUUCCGCCAAGGGCGGCCGCGGAGGCGCUCGAGGCAGUGCCCGGGGGGUGCGCGGAGGUGCACGCGGGGCAUCAAGAGUACGCGUAAGGCCGGCGCCCCGCUACGGCUCCUCUCUGCGCGUGGCGGCUGCAGGGGCAGCAGCAGGGGCUGCAGCGGGUGUGGCUGCGGGCCUUGCUACCGGCUCUGGCUGGAGGAGGACCUCAGGGCCUGGAGAGCUAGGCCUGGAGGACGAUGAGAAUGGGGCAAUGGGAGGCAACGGAACCGACCGAGGAGUCUACAGCUACUGGGCCUGGACUUCCGGCUCAGGGUCCGUGCACAGCCCACGUAUUUGUCUGCUUCUGGGCGGCACCCUUGGUGCCCUAGAACUGCUUCGGCCUUAGACCAGGCUAAACUCCAUCCCAGGUCUAGCUCCUAGCCUGUCUUAAGGCCCCUAGGGCCCACCCUAAUGGCCUCCUGCCCAGGGGGUAACUUCAUUUUGCUAACUAUGAUUCCCCAGCCCAGAGAAGAGUCUGGCCAUUCUGGGCCCACAAGGCCUCUUGCAAUUUGUGGAUGUAGUUUACUCUCUUGCCCAUCCCAGUUUCCCAGUCUUCCACUCUGGCAGGAACUAACAGCCCUACUACCAGAGAGGCAGGCUGCCCUUGACUCUCCAGAACUGCCCAAGCAGGCAUGCCUGUCUGCUUGCCCACCCUGACACGAGGACAUGAACAAUGCUGACCGCCAAGAAGAGGCCAUCCUUGGGUGGGCCCGUCUGAUUCUGCCACUAAAGCCCCCAAAGACCUUGAGCCUCCCAUGGAACCAGAGGGACUUAUAGUUGAUGAAGAGAGCAUUCACUUAGACUGCAGUGUGAGAAAUGUCAGGUGCUAACCACCUGCCCAGAGCAGGUCCCAAUGAUGUCAUAGCUCAGAAAACAUCCAGAGCAGUAAAAUAACCAUCCCAGGACGCCCACCAUGCUCCUCCUACAACAUGCUACCAAAGCCAAGUAGUAUGUUUCUUCCUGGCAGACUGCCUAAGAGACCUUGUGUCAGAAGGGUUUCCACUUGAAGCCACUUGGUCCUAAAAUCCACUGAGGGUAGAGGUUUUGAAUACACUUUCAAAAACAUUCCAUUCUGCUUGAGCUUAAGGGUCAUGAGUGAGGGUCACUUGGAUAUAAUACCAAUCCUGCUGGGGCCUUCUUUGUAUAUAACCCAAACUGCAAGAUUCCCAUAGUUCCAGUAGAUAGCAGCAUUUUAUGUUGGGAGACCCCUCCCUUGGAAACGGUUGGACGGGGUUGGGGUGGGGAGGUGAGACAGAGCAUGGCACAGCUGACAGCUGGCAAACUGAACAGUGGAAGGGGCAGCAGAUCUACAGCCCCACUGUGCCAGAACAAAGCUAGCAGACAGAAGAACCAGCCUCAGCAGGUUGUGAGCGUGGGUUAAUGCUACUAGCUCUCUCUGACCAUCCAUAUACAUCCUGAGAACAGAGCUGAUGUGCUGAGUGGCCUUAGAGAGGUACUCUAUAAUCCUCACAAGAAUCUACCUUUAAGCAGACUGGCUUCUUGCUGUUCCAGGGACCCACUAGCACAUCUUUGCCACAUGGAGUGUUGGGUCUUGGGAUUCAGUCAAUAUAUGCUAGCUCAGCAUACCUCUGGCUAGUGUAUAGGUUUCAAAGCUAUUGGCAGGGCCCUAGCCAAGCAUUUUCUUGACCAACAGGUUGCAGGAUACAACUCCCUGCAACUUCUAUUCUCACUGCCGGUGCUCACAGGCACAGUCAGCCCAGAUGCUCCUAUGUCUCUAAUAGACCAAGCUCAAAACCACCAAGACCAGCAAGCUAAGGGCCAAGCCCACUAAGGUCCUCAAAGGCAGGUGCUGAUGCGUCAAGUCUGGUAUAGGGAGAACCACCAGAGCCCCUUCAACUUGUCCAACACCCAUGAGGAUGGACUAUGUGGACCAGACCUUUGUGUACCACAGAGUACCAUGUGUUAGUUCUGGGUAUUGUGGCAUUAUGAACACAUCACCUUUCGAUGAUUAUUUUACAUUCACCAAUCUGACUUCUCCAGCGUGUUUAGCAUCUGGCACAGCCACACAUCUUUAAAUACCUUCUCCACUAGCAGGAACUAUAGAUGCUGAGGGAGAAUCUCAGAAGAGACUUAUAAUACUGCAGCCACAGCAAAAGGCAACAGUGGGAGGCUACCCCUGCUAUCAGCCAUCCACAAGAAGCAGAGAGCCUAUUGAGCAUCCAAGUACUGGUUCAAGCAACUAUGGAAAGCUCAGGUCAAUACCGAACAGAAGAGACUAAAACUCCUGAGCAGGGAUAGCCCCCUGGCCCAACAGCACUUCCUAUCUGUAUCGACCAACCCCUUGCCUUUUCUUUUUAGACAGCAAGCUGCUGGCAGCAACAUCUUCUAGGUGCCUACAGGUAUUUGGAGGUCAACCAUGCUGGUACAUGCCCUCUGCACCGCCCCUGCAGCCACCAUGGUUUCAAUGGCUAGACUGUGAGCCCCUUCCAGUGAUCCUCUUGGCCUGUACAAAGUUGAGCUACAGCAGCAGGCCUCCUGAGGUACAGGCCCUGAAGUGCAAGGGGAGAUGACAUUCCUGGACUUCUCUGCUGCAGACCUCCUGUCCGUGUCUGUGCACUUUAUCAGUGAAGAGUUCCUUGUGAAAUAAAGCCCUCUGCUGGUAACAGGCUUUUCCCUCAUUGCAGGACUUUGAGACACUUGAGAAUCUGACUUAGGAACCCCAGGCCUCUAAUCUACCACUCCUCAGCAUUCAUUGAUAGAAGGAGAUUUAACUUAUGGGCUCACCAUACUAAGUGCACAAUGAAAACGCCAUCAGAAAAUAGGUCUUUUAAUCGGUUGUCAUGGCACACACCUGUAUAAUUCCAGCACUCAAGAGGCUAAGGCAGAAGGAAUGUGUUUGAGACCAGCCCAAGCCACAUGAUGAAACUUUGUCUGAAAAUGACAAAAAAAUAAAUAAAGUAAAAUAAGAGAA